UUUUUUCCAUCCCAAUAUACAGCCUUCAGCUGGUCUCCUCAUCCCGGUCGGCUGAAAACACACCGUGGGUCCAUAAUCAACAAAUACGACCCAGCCGCGUCAGACUCGAAUCUUCCGCGUCCGAUUUCGAACACAAACACACCAUUGACCGGUUUUGAUGGAUGGGCUUCCUUGUAA